AUGUCAGCAACCCACAACCAGGUUCGAGUUCGUAGCGCAACCUCCACCGGCAGCGACGCCGAGUUUAUAGUUGCGGCAUGGGAUUCCACACUUCCGUACCUCCGUUCCAUAGGCGCCGGCGAGAUGUGGGGUGAUCAGCCUUUCUCCGAGAGAGACGGCUUCCGGGAGGAAAUUGUGGACAUUAUUCGACAGUCCGAGGAUGAUGGAAGUGAUACUCGACGUCUUCUGGUGGCUGAGGUAGACGCAGAGAUAUCUGCAGAUGGUACAACUAGCGCAGUCCAGGUUGGCGCGGCCAUGAUCCGCGACGCCCCCCCAGAUUAUCUCGCCAAGAGCGAAGCGCUCAAGUUUGAGAUGGAAAAGGCCAAGUCUGCCCUAUUUAUCGAAGUUCUUAUCGCGGAUCGGCGAGCCGGAAAACGGCAUAAAGGUGCUGGUGCUGCUCUGAUAGAUGCCGUUAAGCAUCGAGCACUGGAACAGAGCAAAGAGGUCGUGUAUGUGGAUGCCUGGGCUGGAAAUGAGAGAAAGUUAAAUAGAUACUACGAGAAUCUUGGCUUGAGAAAUGGAGGCGACUUUACUUUAACGAGGGGCAAUGGGUCUACGUGGACUGGAACUCUUUACUGUAUAGAUAUUGGUUCGUAG